GUCAGUUGGUCCGGAUGGUGCUAUUCCCUGCGUCCGUGAAGUUCAAGUACAACGACCAGCUUCCCAUGGUCUAUGGCAUCAUGAGCAUCUACGUCGCCGUCAUCGUGCUCCUUUUGGUCUUUCUCGCCGACAUUGGCUCGGCUGUGGCGACAUACCUAACGGUUCUUUGCACCGUGGCUAUGGCUCUGAAUCCGAUGAUGCCCGUGUCCAUGGUCAUGGGGCAGUCGGUGUCUGCGGGGCGCCUCGAUGACAAGAAGGGCGAGUAUCAGAUCAAGUGCCUGCAGCCUGGAAGGAUCCCCAUUGCCGGGAAGAUCUCGACCAUGGUGUUCGACAAAACCGGGACGAUCACCAAAGCAGGAAUGGACUUUGCUGGAGUUGUGGGCGCUGCAUCUGGGCGCUUCAACACUCGCGUGGACUUCGACGACAGCGACCCCGAGUGCACGCAGAACCGUGCCAAGGUAGACGACAAGAUGCAAGUGCCGCCGGUGCUUCGCAGGGCCUUGGCGGUCUGUCACACCGUGAAGAAGCUGGGCUCCACAGGGGCUCUGGUCGGAAAUCAGGUCGAAUGUGCCAUGGUUCGCACAGUGGGCUGGAAGCUGGGAGUGAAGGAGAUGAUCUCCCCGCAGGGCGAAGUCUUGAAAGUUGUUCGUGAGCUCGAGUUCGACCACCACAGCAUGACUAGCGGUGCGGUGGCAAGAGAUGCAUCCGGGAAACUGGAGGUCUUCAUCAAGGGCAGCUACGAGAAGAUCAAGUCCGUUGCUCAACCUGCUUCGGUGCCGGCGGACUACGACCAGGUGACCAUGCAGUGUGCCAAGGACAACUACUACACCCUCGGCAUCUCCUACAAGGAGCUGCCACCGAUGACUGACGAGCAGGUCCGCAACACGCCGCGUGAGCAGCUCGAGUCCUUCGUCAACAUCUGCGGACUGCUCCUGUUCCGAAAUGAGAUGAAGGCAGACUCCCCCGAAGCCAUCGAGAGCCUCAAAGAAGGCUCUGUCCGCUCCGUGAUCUGCACAGGCGACAACGAGCUUACCGGAAUCGCUAUCGGCAGGGCCUGCGGAAUCGUGCUGUCUCAUACCUGCCUUCGUGGUGCAGUCGUGGACGGUCACCUGGUGUGGAACGAUCCCGAGAACGAACAGCGUCGCGUCACUCCGGACAGCCCAGAUCCACACUGCCAACUAGCGCUGACGUGCGCAGCCUGGAGACACCUUUACACAACCGACACGAAGCUGCUUGAGGAGCUCUGGCCCCGAUGCGUAGUCUUCGCCCGCAUGAAGCCGGAUGACAAGAUCAAUGUAGUGAAGUACCUUCAAAGUCGAGGUUUGGUUGUGGGCAUGGCCGGUGAUGGUGGCAACGACUGUGGUGGCCUUCGGGCGGCUCAUGCCGGUCUGGCCUUGUCAGAUGCCGAGGCCUCCAUGGUGGCACCGUUCUCCACGGGCCGCCUGGGCCAGGGUGCCGCCAGGAACGACAUCUCCCUGACCACCGUGCCGGAUCUGAUACGAGAAGGCCGCGCGUGUUUGGCGACGAACAUGGCCACCUUUAGCUACUUCAUGGUCUAUGCCUUCUUGUUGACGACGAUCCGGACCGUCUUCAUCAUCUUCAAGAACCUCAGUCUUGGUGAGUGGGUGUGGAUGACAUCUGACAUCGGUGUUGGUGUCAUCAUGAUGUUCUUCAUGACCCAGUCGCGCGCCCGACCUGAGUUGGCCAAGUUUCGGCCAACAGCCACACUCUUGGGCUUGCGAACAGUUUCAGGCGUCUUGGUACCAUAUCUUCUUGGGUGUGGAAUUGUGGUUGUUGGCAUUGUCAUCCUGCACAGCCAGAAGUGGUAUGACGUGCUGAACCCGAGCUGGAUUCACGUCCGUGCUCAGUAUUGGAUGAACAAAGGCGACAACUACGACAGUGCUGUUGGCGUUCUCGCGCUCUUCAUCGUUCUGAGUACAACGGCUUAUGUCAACACCUAUGGAGGUGAGUUUCGUCGGGCGAUCUUCCGGAAUGUGGGCAUCAACGUGGUUUACGUCUUGUUCGUCUUCCUUGUCUUCUGGAUGUGCCUUACUGGCCCCAAUGAGCUCAAUUGUAUAUACCGCGUCAACUGCGACGCCAAGAGCUCGAUGGCCUGCCAGAAUAUCCCA